AUGAAACUGGUUCUUUCAAUUUGUUUGUGCACUUUAGUCAGUGGCCUCACAAACCACAUGCAGGCAAGCACCAAUUUACCCCCCUACAGGCAAAGUCCUGUGCUCUUUGCAUCACGGAUCGAUGUCACCAACAAUGUUUUUGAUACAUUUGAGCAUGACCCUGGACUCUUUGAGCCCAUCAUUGAUGUUGCAAAGCCAGGCGUUGACAAAGAUUUGCAUCAUGACAGUAAUACUCCAUUGAUGCCACACUCCAGCGCAGCAUUAUCAGAUUUCACGGAACAUGGAGAUGGCAUCAAUGUUCUUCAGCCGCAGCAUUCCACCCCAGAAAAAGCAGUGAAAAACAUUUCACACAAGCGUGUGAAGCAGCUUGGCAGAGCUGGAACUGCUAGCAUCCAACAAGGCCUACACAGUGCUUUUGGCUUAGGCUCCGUGCUAUUUGGAUCACAGCAUUUCAUGCAUCUCCUGACCAAUGGAUUUGAAGCUCCUAUCUCCCAGGAGAAAAUUCUGGCCUUAGGUGCAAUGCAUGUACUGGUAGCCUUCGCGGGCCUUCCAAGGCUUGACUGGAAGAAUGAGAAAGAAGCAGCACGAAAUGCAAUGAUCUGGCCUGUACCAGUCCAAAAUCUCUGGUUGGUCUUGGCAUCAGUGACAGAGUUUACACAAGGGCAGGAUGCUUUGGUUUCAAUUGGCAGCACUCCCUUCAUGGCGUUCUCUGCACUGAACAUUGUCAUUGCGGCCUGGCAAAGUUCACAAUCCUUCGUUUCAGGUGGUGCUAGUGAAGCUGAAAAGCAAAAGUCGGGCAUUUGGUAUGAGAAUCCUCUAAAAAAUGCUGCAGCUGCAGUCUUAUCCUACACUCUACCCAUCAUGGUUUUUGGUUUUGAGCUAAUGCAUCUGGGUGGGAAUGUGGGACAAGAGCAAAUUAUUCAAUUUGCGUCAUCUCACCCAGACCACAGCAAUCUUGCUGUGAAUGUGUUCCUGAAUACUUGUUUUGUCAACAACAUUGCAAUUUUUGGGGCAACAUUGGUGAAGUACAAGGUGGUGCCCACAGGCAAAAUGGCCAUUUUUUACGAGGUCUUUGCCUCUGCAGUGAUCUUUGGUGCCUUCUUUGUAUUUGCUGUUGGGGGUGAUGGAGGGAUGAUGAUGCAGGACUUGGUGGACCUGUUGUCACAAGCAUAA